AUGGCUUCUGCUACGCCUCGCACCUGGAGAUACAUUGUCUUCACGAACUUCCACGGACCUGACGUCGGUAAAGCCCUUUUCACUCAAUUACGCAAACAAUUUAGCUACAAUGGGGUUUCCUUGCUCAUCGAUGAUCAAAGGAUCGAGAGAGGCCAAACCAUCAUCAAACCUGAAAUUUCACGAGCGACUUCGAGGAUCUCGAUCGUCGUGCUCUCAAAGAACUAUGCUUCUUCCAGCUUGACUUUGGAUGAGUUGGUGGAGAUUUUCAUAUGCAAGAAAGAUAUGGGACACAUAGUGAUGACGAUCUUCUACGGAGUAGAUCCACGUGAUGUGCGGGAACAAACCGGAGAGUUUGGUAAAGUUUUCAAGAAAACUUGUGCUGGUAAAACAGAGGAGCUGAGGCGAACAUGGAGCCAUGCUUUGAACGAUGUGGGCAACAUUCCCGGAGAACACUUCUUCCACUGGGACAACGAGAUGAUUGAAAAGAUUGCUAGAGAUGUUUCAAACACUCUAAAUGCUACAGUCUCUUUGGAUUUGGAAGACAUGGUGGGGAUUGAAGCACACUUGCAGAGAAUGCAGUCGUUGUUAGAGUUUAAAAAUGAGAGUGAAGCUAUGAUUGUUGGAAUCUAUGGUCCUGCAGGCAUUGGUAAGACUACAAUCGCUAGAGCUUUGCAUGGCCGAUUUUCUAGCAGUUUCCCUCUUAGCUAUUUUAUGGAUAAUCUUAGUGGACGCUAUAGUAGUGAUCUUGACGAUUAUGGAGUGAAGCUGCGAUUACAAGAGAAACUUCUUUCAAAUGUCUUAAACGAAGAUGGUAUAAGGAUAGACGAUUUAGGUGCUAUACAUCGAGGGCUAUAUGACAAAAAAGUUCUUAUCAUUCUUGAUGAUGUGGACGAUCUGCAGCAACUUGAGGCUUUGGCUAAAGAAGCAAAGUGGUUUGGUCCUGGAAGCAGGAUUAUUGUAACGACGGAAGAUCAAGAUCUUUUGGAGAAACAUGGUAUAAACAAUACAUACCAAGUGGAGUUUCCAAAUGACGAAGAAGCUCGUCAGAUCUUUUGUAGGUAUGCUUUUAAUCAGAGCUCUGCACUAGAAGGUUUUGACAAGCUUGUGGAAAGAGUAAGAGAGUUUUGCAGCGACCUUCCGAUGAGUCUUCGUGUCAUGGGUGCAUCAUUACGCAGAAAGAAAGAAGAAGACUGGGAACAUAUAUUGCAUAGGCUAGAAACUAGCCUUGAUCCAAAUAUGAAGGGAGUACUUAGUGUCGGAUACGACAGUUUACAUAAGGACGAUCAAUUCCUGUUUCUCCUCAUUGCCUUCUUCUUCAACUACCAAGACGAGAAGCAUGUGAUUAAUAUGCUCAGUGAAAGUCACGUGGAUGUUGGGUUUGGGUUGAAAGCACUCGCCGAUAAAUCUCUCAUACAAAUAACCAAAGGAAAAAUAGUGAUGCACAAGUUACUACAACAAGUGGGUAGAGAAGCGGUUCAAAGACAAGAUCAUGAGAAACGCCAAGUCCUAAUUCAUGGUAAUGAGAUUCGCGAUGUCCUCCUAACAGAUUCGGGAAGCACAAGCGUGAGGGAUAUAUACUUUGACACAUCAACAAUCUCAAAGGAUGUGUAUGUAAGCGCAGGAGCUUUCAGGAAAAUGUGUAAUCUUCAAUCACUCAGCAUCUAUAACACUAGACGUGGUACUCACGCAAAUGAUGAUAGAGUGCAUGUACCCGGGGACAUGGAUUUGCCGCCUCGUCUAAGGCUAUUACGAUGGGAGGCAUACCCUGGAAAUUGUCUUCCUCAUACAUUUAUGCCGGAGCAUCUCAUAAGACUUGUUUUGCGAAAUAGCAAGCUUAAGAAACUAUGGGAAGGAACUCAGCCACUUAGAAAUCUGAAGAAGAUGGAUUUGUCCUGGUCCAUGAGUUUGAAGGAACUACCGGAUCUUUCAAAGGCUACAAGUCUGGAGAGAUUGAAACUGAGUGGUUGCAAGAGUUUGAUAGAGCUUCCUUCUUCUAUUGGAAACCUUCCUAAACUAGAGGAGUUGAAAACGGAUCUCUGUGACGACCUACAGCUUGUCCCGACACUCUUCAACAUGACAUCACUAGCAAAGGUGGACAUGUUGGGAUGCAGGAAACUGAGAAAGAUUCCAGAUUUUCCCAGGAACAUCCAAGAGCUCGUAAUUCCAGACACCAUGUUAGAAGAAUCGCCUGAAUCGGUUAGCCAUUGGUCUCGCCUUUGGUCUCUCACUAUUCAUGGCAGUGUCAAUCCAUAUCCAAUCUUGACAAUACCAUGGCUAAAGGGAAGUGGAGCAGACAUUGAGAAACUUCCAGAUUGGAUCAAAGAUCUGCCUGGGCUUACAUGGCUUUAUGUUGGUGGCUGUCCAAAACUUGCAUCAUCGCCAAAGCUCCCUCCCUCGCUCCAAACACUAAAGAUGGAGAAUUGUGAAUCAUUGGAGACACUCAAGUCUUUCCCUCCUGACUCUGAGAUUGAGGAUCUGCAUUUCCCAAACUGCUUCAGAUUGGGUCCAAAAGCACGGGAAGUAAUCACACAUAAAUCGUUGGAGGCAUUGUUACCCGGAAGAACAAUGCCUCCGGAGUUCGACCACCGAGCUAUAGGAAACUCCUUGACCAUCCGUUCACGUUUCAGCAUAUUUAGGAUUUGCCUUGUGCUUUCCCCUAAACCGGAGGAAAAAGUAGGUUCGUUUAGUUUAUUCAUUCAAAUAACCAUAAACGGUAGCCCAGCUGGAGACGUGACUACGACGCAACCACUCCCCCAUAUCCGAAAGGAAAAUAAAUUUCUAGAACUUGAAGAGGAGGCCGACAUAACGUUCGACUUCAUCACCUCAUCCCAGUAUAUCAAAGUUACUGAAUGUGGUGUACAACUCUUUUACUAUUUUCCUUUCUUUAGUUUUUCUUCUCUUGAGUUUUAG